AUGAUAAAUAAUAAUGGAGAUCGGCUGACUCAUAAAAAUCCUUUCGACUACUCAACCAAUGAGGAAUCAGAUUCUGCUUCCUUCAAACAGCAGGUAGCCUCGAUUAAAAAGUACAAAUUGCUAAAAACUAUAGGAAAAGGUUUUUGUUCCAAAGUUAAAUUGGCCAAAUCUCUUGAAAAUUAAAGGUUCUUUGCGAUUAAAAUUUUAAAGCGUCACAAGGUCGAGCAAAUCAAUCUCUCAGCCUUCAAGAAAAUCCUAUCCAAUGAAGUGACUCUAAUUCAGUCGAUGAACCAUCCAAACAUCAUCAAAUUAGUGGAGUAUAACUGCGAGGGGGAACUCAUAAUCAAACCAAGCGGAAAAGCAAUCCAAGUCUUCUUUAUCGUCCUCGAACUUGUAGAAUAAGGAGACCUGUUCUCUUUUAUCAAGGCGAAGUAUAACCAGGGAGGGUUCAAUGAAAGAUUCGCUAGGUAUUACUUCCUUUAGCUCCUAAGCGCUAUCGAAUAUCUCCAUCAAACCGCAGGUAUAGUCCAUAGAGACUUGAAACCAGAAAAUUUGCUCCUUAAUUAGAAGUACGAUCUAAAGAUUGCUGACUUCGGUCUUUCAUCAAAAAAAGAAGGCAACUACGGUCUAGGUAUACACUACUCUUAAGUGGGAACCCGUCAAUACUAAGCCCCGGAAGUUCUGGAAAGAAGAUCUUAUCGAGGCGAGUACGUCGAUAUAUUUUCGAUAGGUGUUAUUCUGUUUCUGAUGGUUACAGGAACUCUUCCUUACCAAAAAGAAGCCAAUAUUAAAGACCCUCUAUAUAAACACGUUUAUCAAAAGUAAACAGAUAAAUUCUGGGCAUCUUGGAGGCAAUACAACCAAAGAGAAGAUGUCGCCGAUGAUAUAAGUGAUAGACCCCCUGAGGAGGUUACCUUAAAUGAUUAAUUUUGGUCAGUAUUUAAUUAAAUUUAAACUUCGAUAAGUUAAACAUGCAAACGAAUCAGACCACAUCAGUAGGAUACAGAGGAGAACGAAUAAAACAGUUCUCCAAGUAAUAUCACUCUUUCAAGAGCUGCAUCACCCAGGCCAUAGUAUGAAUUAGCUCCUAAAGAGGAAGAGGAAAAAGAAGAAGUAGUAGUAAAUGCAAAAACUGAUUAUUCUAAAGAUUUCAAAUAACUUGUUCUCUCCAUGAUGUCAUACCACUUUUAUGAUCGCCCCACCAUCAAGGAUAUCAGAAAUCAUCCCUGGCUCAAAGGAGAAAUUCCCACUUAAGAUGAAAUCGUCAGAGAGAUGUCCAAACUCAAAAGAGAGUUUAUCAUCAAGGAAAUCUAUCACCAAAGUAGCUACUUUCUAGACAAGGAAAGAAAACCUGAGAUUAAUCUUCCAAAAUCUUUCAAAGAAUAUGCAGUCUACUGUUAUAAAACUAAUAACACUUAAGCUUUAUUUAGUAAGUCUCAUUUAAUUCCUAUUACAUGUAUAAUUAUAGAGGGCUUGCUGAAAAUGAUGAGUCAUGUGGCAUUCGAGUUUAGUAAAAACAUUUACAAAUGCGGUUGCAUAAGAAAUAGAUUCCGCUAAAACUAAACAAACUCCAAAGAUAAAUUACCAAUCAACGAAUCGAAGAGACCUAUUUGGAUGUCAAGUGGCUUGCAGUUUAGGACUUCUAGUUAUCAUAAUAAAACAAGCACAUUGAAUACACAGAUAAGUGGAGCUGAAAGAAAAAAUUCAACAAUAAAGGAGCAAAAUAGCAUUUUCAAGUUUAGAGGAAAUCACAUGCAGCUAUCCAAUACACUAGCUAGUAAGUUAUCAAAGCCAGAAUUUAAAAAUGCUGAGGGAGGGGGUAGUCCGAAUUUCCGGAGAAGAGUUAGUUUUAAAGAUACUUGCAUUGAAGAGGAAGGCUAAUUUUUACUAAAACCAAAGGAGAAGAAGUCGAAUGUCAUCAAAAGAAGGGGGUCUAAGUUAUAAAGUAAUUUAUGA